GUCGGACUGCUGUUUUUGUUGUUGGUGGAAGGUGAGGGAACAGCUGAUCGGAGAGUGGGAGGAGGGCCGAUAUCUUCAGGGCAGGAUGGAAGAAUCAUCACUAAGCCGGGCACCUUCCCGAGGUGGAGUCAACUUUCUGAAUGUAGCCCGGACCUACAUCCCCAACACCAAGGUGGAAUGUCACUAUACCCUUCCCCCAGGCACUGUGCCCAGUGCCAGCGACUGGAUUGGCAUCUUCAAGGUGGAGGCUGCCUGUGUUCGGGAUUACCACACGUUUGUGUGGUCUUCGGUGCCUGAAAGUGCAGCUGAUGGCUCCCCUGUCCACGCCAGCGUCCAGUUCCAAGCCAGCUACCUGCCCAAACCUGGAGCCCAGCUCUACCAGUUCCGAUAUGUGAACCGCCAGGGCCGGGUGUGUGGGCAGAGCCCCCCUUUCCAGUUCCGAGAGCCAAGGCCCAUGGAUGAGCUGGUGACCCUGGAGGAGACCGAUGGUGGCUCUGACAUCCUGCUGGUUGUCCCCAAGGCCACCGUGCUGCAGAACCAGUUGGAUGAGAGCCAGCAAGAAAGGAAUGACCUGAUGCAGUUAAAGCUGCAGCUGGAGGGACAAGUGACAGAGCUGAGGAAUCAAGUCCAGGAUCUCGAGACUGCUCUGGCAACCGCCAGGCAGGAGCACGCUGAGCUGAUGGAGCAGUACAAGGGGCUUUCCCGGUCCCAUGGGGAGCUCAUAGAAGAGAGGGACGUCCUGAGUCGGCAACAGGGAGACCAUGUGGCGCGCAUCCUGGAGCUGGAAGAUGACAUCCAGGCCAUCAGUGAGAAAGUGCUGACAAAGGAGGUGGAGCUGGACAGGGUGAGGGACACAGUGAAAGCCCUGACUCGGGAACAAGAGAAGCUCCUCGGGCAACUGAAAGAAGCGCAGGCAGACAAGGAGCAAAGCGAGGCUGAGCUCCAAAUGGCACAAGAAGAAAACCAUCGCUUAAAUUUGGAGCUACAGGAAGCAAAGGGCCGGCAGGAGGAACAGAGUGCUCAGGCCCAGCGACUGAAGGACAAGGUGGCCCAAAUGAAGGAUACCCUAGGCCAGGCCCAGCAGCGUGUGGCCGAACUGGAGCCCCUGAGGGAGCAGCUUCGAGGAGCCCAGGAGCUCGCAGCCUCAAGCCAGCAGAAAGCCGCCCUUCUCGGGGAGGAGCUGGCCAGCGCAGCGGGAGCCAGGGACCGCACAAUGGCCGAGCUCCACCGCAGUCGCCUGGAAGUGGCCGGAGUCAACGGCAGGCUGGCUGAGCUCAGCCUGCACCUGAAGGAGGAAAAAAGCCAGUGGAGCAAGGAGCGGGCGGGGCUCCUGCAGAGUGUGGAGGCGGAGAAAGACAAGAUCCUGAAGCUGAGUGCAGAGAUACUGCGACUGGAAAAGGCAGUUCAAGAGGAGAAGACCCAGAACCAAGUGUUCAAGACUGAACUGGCCCGGGAAAAGGAUUCUAGCCUGGUGCAGCUGUCAGAGAGCAAGCGGGAACUGACAGAGCUGCGGUCAGCCCUGCGUGUGCUCCAGAAGGAAAAGGAACAGUUGCAGGAGGAGAAGCAGGAGCUGCUGGAGUACAUGAGAAAGCUGGAGGCCCGCCUGGAGAAGGUGGCAGACGAGAAGUGGAGUGAGGGCGCUGCCACAGAGGAUGAGGAGGCGGCCGCAGGGCUGAGCUGCCCAGCGGCUCUGACAGACUCAGAGGAUGAGUCCCCAGAAGACAUGAGGCUCCCUCCGUAUGGCCUGUGUGAGCACGGAGACUCGGGCUCCUGUCCUGCUGGGCCACAGGAGGCUUCUCCCCUGGUUGUCAUCAGCCAGCCGGCUCCCAUUGCCCCCCACCUCUCAGGGCCAGCUGAGGACAGCAGCUCUGACUCGGAGGCUGAAGAUGAGAAGUCAGUCCUCAUGGCAGCUGUUCAGAGUGGGGGUGAGGAGGCCAAUCUGCUGCUUCCUGAGCUGGGCAAUGCCUUCUAUGACAUGGCCAGUGGCUUUGCAGUGGGUCCCUUGUCAGAGGCCAGCACUGGGGGCCCUGCCACCCCGCCGCCGUGGAAGGAGUGCCCCAUUUGUAAGGAGCGGUUCCCGGCCGAGAACGAUAAGGAUGCGCUGGAGGACCACAUGGAUGGACACUUCUUUUUCAGCACCCAGGACCCCUUUACCUUUGAGUGAGCUCACCCCUCACCCCAGGACAUACCCAGAUACACUUACACACAGACACACACUCACAUACAGACAUACACUUAGGUCUCAUAUCUUUCCUGAUAUGAUAUCUUUAUCCUGAUACGGGGCUCCAUGAUAUUCUCUUCCCCAAGAACCGCUCUCUGAACUGUGUUCUCCUAAGCUCUUGCCUUCAUCCUGUCCUGCCUGGGGCUCUUCUGUCCAGGCAGGGGCCCUCGUUGGAAGCAGUGGCUGACUUCACCCCCUGAAAGCGGUUUGGGAGGAACCAGGAUGGAGGAGAGCAUCCCCCGGGGGACUAGAAUCACCCCCUCCUAGCCCUGGUUGCUCUGUCACUGACACGAGCCACCACCCCACUGCCACCCCACUGCCACAGACACACACACACACACACAGGCACUCGCCCUCACACACACACUGCUGCCCCAAAGCCAAUUCCUGGGGCACCCCACCCACUUUUAGUCGGGGUCUGUGCCGGUUUACCUGAGUUUUCUCAGGGUCCUGCAUGGAGGCGGUGGCGGCAUGGGCAUCAUGGCCUCUUCGGGUCUCUCUCAGUUCUAAGUUUCAGUGGUUCUUUCUGUCCCCCCCCCAAUCCCAGCCCCAUGGCCUGCACCUACCCCAGCCUUUCCCACACCAUUAGGUAUGAAGUUUGGAGGUUUCUUUUGUAUUUUUGAGGUUUUCUGUACUCUAGCUCCUGCCCCUCUCUGCCAUCCCUCCCCCAGUGUCCUCACAUGGAAAGAAAUAAUGCAUUUGUGCCUUCUGUGAGGGAUGGGGGGAACAAAGGGUCCCAGGUGUCCCCAUUUCUCACCCCUUCCUCCCUCUCCAGGUUCCCCCACAGCAAUAAGAGCUUUCCUUCAUUAUCCCUCCCUCGAUCUGUAGUUUGGACAAAUAUAUUUAUAUGAUAUGUAUACCAAUUCUAAUAAAAUGUGUUCUUAUCAUGAGGUGUGACUAGA